AUGACGGACGAAGAGUGGAAAGAGUCGGGAGCGGCUUCGGACGCGCCGUUACCUCCUCCACCCCCUCCUCCUCCACCUCCACAAGGACAUUCAGAAGACGGUAUGAAGCAAAAGAGAUGCUCAAUACAAAUGUCUAAUUCGACGCCCAAGCACAGGAAUAAAAAAAAGAUUUUCACGACACUUAUGGAGAGCCAAGAGGAAUAUAGGAAACGUCUGCAGCAGGAACAGCAUGGUCUUAAGCGCAAGAAGAGCGGGGAACCCGAUCACGGCUCCAUGUCAACGAGAGGAGCAGGUCUCGGUUCACUUGCUCGCCAUGGGAGUUUGACCCAGGACCAAAUCAAGCGAGCACGACAGAGCUCUGCUACAAGUACAGACUCGUCCGAAUCUGGAAAGGUGAAUCGACUGGGUAGUCGCUUUCCUAAGAAUGUCACGAAAGGAUCGAAACUGUUGCAAAAAUUUGGUAGCCGUACAUAG